GUAUACGGACUGUUUACAAUCUCAGAAAUCCUAACGUUUAACUAAAUUGCAAGUAGUAAUAUCAAAUUAGCAGUUACACUUAAUGACCUCAAUCUUGGAAACCUUAAUUAUUAAUGCAAUUACACACUUAACCGGCAUUCAAUUUAAUUCAAAAUAUACAACAAACACGUUAACUGAUGUACCGGCAAACAUCUGAUGCCGUGUUUGGUGGAAAAUGACCGAGGAGUUCCGAAUAGAUUUAUUCUGCACCCUUAAAUUCGAAUGCUUUCAAACGGCCAUGAGUUUAGUUGAUUACGUAGGCGAGCCGAAUCUUUAUUUGAGUAGUAUACAUAUGAAACGUACAGAACAUACAUUUAAACUAAGAGUAUGAGAAUAAUCCUGCUAUUGCGUCGCUGAAUAUCUGAGAGAUAGAGAUAUGUAAAAGGGAAAUUAAACUUAAACCGAGAUUGAUGUGCUGGUGAAAUACUCAAUGUUACAGUGUUUUAUAUGGAGAUUGUGAACAUAAUGUUAGCCCUAUUAAUGUUGUUGUCGGCUGUUGGUCCGGUCCUGUCGAACCUCGCUCUGAUAAUUAUCGACGUUCAAAACUGCUUCCUCUCAGGAGGAACACUUGCAGUCGAGAACGGUGAUGACGUCAUUUCCGUUAUACAGCACAUCCGGCUGAAGUACAAGGACCAAAUUUCCUUGACGGUGUUUACGCAAGAUUGGCAUUGUGCUGAUCACGUGUCAUUUGCUUCACAACAUAAGGGGAAACAGCCGUUUACAGCCAUGGAUCUGCAGUACACAAAUAAUGGGACGUUAUGCCGAGAUAAUAGCAGCUGCGACGCCAGUUAUAAUAUCAGUCAGACGUUGUGGCCGGACCAUUGUGUCAUAAACACAACGGACGCCAAACUUAGCUCACAGUUGAAGCAACGUCCUGGAGAUAUUGUAGUCAGAAAAGGUUAUAACUGCCAGGUCGACUCGUACUCGGGUUUCUUCGACAAUGGCGGGUUUUCGCAUACAGAGCUUGAUAGCCUCCUUAGACAGAAUAAAAUCACCCGUCUCCUGGUGACCGGCCUCGCGCUAGAUUUCUGUGUCUACUAUACCUCCAAGGACGGACAGGCGCUGGGUUAUGAGACGUACACAGUGGUUGAUGCCUGUCGACCUGUCAGCAAAGAAAACGUGGACAGGGUUCUCCAAGACCUAAGAACAAAAGGCGUCCAUGUGAUUACGUCGGCGGAUCUUGAUGACGUCAUUUCUGGGUCAAAUGCUCCUGUACCGUCAGUCACAUUGUCGCUGUUAUUCUGUGUUGUUUUGUCGAUUUCAGCGUACAAUUCUCAAUAACCGAUAGAAACUAAAUUGAAGAUUAUGUUAAACAGUACUCAAUAUUGUUAUUGUAUUUGUCGAUAUGUAUUAUAUGCAUUGCUUUCUGUACAUGUACAUGCUAUAUGUUUUUAUUUGUAUAUAAAUAUAUAUAUGCCUUUUAAAAAAUAAAUGUUAAGCGUUUUUCUUUGCCCCAUCAAAACACAAGUUUAUGCCAAUGCAUUGGCAGUGGCAAACGUUCGUCGAUGAGAUG